AGAGCAGGCAAGCUGCAAGGACGAACGGACACACCACUUCUUCUUCCGCUCACAGAUAUCGUCAAUUGAUCCCCCCUCCAUACUUGCAGCAGCUCUUCUCCUCUGCUUCACUCAAUCCUCCCUUCCUUCCAUCUCUCUGCCACAUCAUACAUAGAACGCUCUUUCCUUAUUUACAGCGUUAGCACAGUACUAUUUGUUGAUCCGACAUCUCUCCCUUCGCUGCUCCCCGGCAGCUUCAAUUUCGUGUCCUUCCACUCCUGCUCUUUGCUGAGUUUCUGGAGAUCAUAGAAUAGGUCAGUUCUGCAUUGCGAGCAAUCCCAGGUUCCUCCAAAAUCUACAAGUACUGACUGCUGCAAACACAGACAGUACUGGAAAUACCCCCCCUAAGUAAUCUCCCACCAUGUACGGAACCUCAACAGGCCCUCAAACGGGCGUGUCGACCCCACGAUCCUCAUCCUCCCUCCGCCCUCUCGUCCUCUCACACGGCUCUCUCGAGCAUUCCUUCUUAAUACCCACGAAUCUCCAUUUCCACGCCUCACAGAUCAAGGAGCGUUUUCUCGCUUCCCUGCCCGCCCCAACAGACGAAUUAGCGCAAGACGAUGAGCCAUCAUCGGUAGCAGAACUCGUAGCUCGAUACCUUGGAUUUGUUGCGCAAGAUGUUGACGAGGGGGAAGACGAUGCGCAGGGCUCAUACGAGGAUGUUCUGAAGCUCGUCAUCAACGAGUUCGAAAGAGCGUUCUUGCGAGGAAACGAAGUCCAUGCUUUGGCCGCCACUCUUCCUGGAAUCAAUGCCAAGAAGCUCGAGGUUGUGCGAAGUUACUAUGCCGCUCGUGCAGCCUCUGGACGAGCUAUCAAGCCCCAUGAAUCAGCUCUUUCCCGCGCGGCUGAUGAGACUGCUACCAUUUACAGCAUUUUCGGCGGUCAAGGGAACAUCGAGGAGUACUUCGACGAGCUCCGCGAGCUCUACCAGACAUACCCCUCAUUUGUGGAGGAAUUGAUUGUUUCUGCGGCAGAGCUUCUGCAAACUUUGUCAAGAGAUCCAAGAGCCGAGAAGCUAUAUUCAAAAGGUCUGGAUGUUAUGACCUGGCUCCACGACCCAGAGUCAACUCCAGACGUGGAUUACAUGGUGUCUGCACCUGUCAGUUUCCCUCUGAUCGGUCUUGUUCAGCUCGCCCACUAUGCAGUUACCUGCAAAGUUCUGGGUCUUACUCCAGGACAAUUCCGUGAGAGAAUUAGCGGAAGCACUGGUCACUCGCAAGGAAUUGUGUUAGCCGCUGCAACAGCUGCCGCAGAUUCAUGGGAAUCUUUUGACGAAAUUGCCAUCUCCUCAUUGACCAUUCUCUUCUGGAUUGGAUCCCGCAGUCAGCAAACCUACCCAAGAACUUCUUUGGCUCCAUCUAUUUUGCAAGACUCGAUCGACAAUGGCGAGGGUAUGCCGACACCCAUGUUGAGCAUUCGAGAUCUGUCACAAGCCCAAGUUCAACAGCACAUUGAUGCAACAAACCAAUACCUUCCGGAAGAUCGGCACAUUUCCAUCUCUCUGAUAAAUAGCGCUCGCAAUAUGGUUGUGACUGGACCACCGAUUUCCCUUUACGGUCUGAAUUUGCAGCUCCGAAAAGUCAAGGCGCCAACCGGCCUUGACCAGACCAGAAUUCCGUUCACGGAGCGAAAGAGUCGAUUUGUCAACAGAUUCUUGCCUAUCACAUCUCCUUUCCACAGCAAGUAUCUCGCCGAAGCCACCGCCCACAUCGAUGAGGAUCUCAAGGAUAUACAGAUUCUCAGUAAGUCGCUUGCAAUCCCCGUGUUCAGUACCAAUACUGGGAAGGAUAUUCGGGAAGAGGUCAGCGGCAAUAUUGUCCCGACUCUGACCCGAAUGAUCACCCAUGAUGCUGUCAACUGGGAGAAAGCUACUGUCUUCCCUGGCGCCACCCACAUUCUCGACUUUGGCCCUGGUGGGAUUUCUGGACUUGGUGUCUUGACCAGCCGCAACAAGGACGGAACUGGUGUCCGCGUCAUCCUGGUCGGCUCUAUCGAUGGCACCGUCCCAGAAGUUGGCUACAAGCCUGAGCUCUUCGAUCGUGACGAAGAACAUGCUGUGAAGUACAAUGUGGAUUGGGUUAAAGAGCACGGUCCACGCCUGAUCAAGACCUCCACCGGAGAGACCUAUGUUGAUACCAAAAUGAGUCGACUUUUAGGUGUUCCUCCUGUCAUGGUUGCCGGUAUGACCCCAUGUACCGUACCCUGGGACUUUGUUGCAGCAACCAUGAACGCUGGUUACCAGAUCGAACUGGCUGGAGGCGGUUACUACAAUGCUAAGACUAUGACCGAGGCGUUGAAGAAGAUUGAAAAAGAUAUUCCUGCAGGGCGGGGUAUUACAAUCAACUUGAUCUACAUCAACCCCCGCGCCAUGCAAUGGCAAAUUCCUCUUGUUGCUCAGCUCCGUGCCGAAGGUGUGCCGAUCGAAGGUUUGACCAUUGGGGCUGGUGUUCCCUCCAUCGAAGUCGCCACUGAGUACAUCGAAACCCUUGGAUUGAAGCAUAUUGCAUUCAAGCCCGGAUCUGGCGAGGCUAUCCAGGCUGUCAUUAACAUUGCCAAGGCAAACCCAACCUUCCCAGUUAUCUUGCAAUGGACUGGUGGACGUGGUGGCGGACAUCACUCUUUCGAGGAUUUCCAUCAGCCAAUUCUUCAGAUGUACGGCCGAAUCAGAAGAUGUGACAACAUCAUUCUUGUUGCAGGUAGUGGUUUCGGUGGUUCCGAAGACACUUACCCAUACCUUACUGGUGCUUGGUCAGGCAAGUACGGAUAUCCACCAAUGCCUUUCGAUGGUUGUCUUUUUGGCAGUCGAAUGAUGACUGCUAAAGAGGCACACACCAGCAAGAAUGCCAAGAAGGCCAUCACUGAAGCGGAAGGUCUUGAUGAUGCACAGUGGGAGAAGACAUAUAAAGGCCCGGCUGGUGGUGUUAUCACUGUCAGGUCUGAGAUGGGUGAGCCAAUUCAUAAGCUGGCCACUCGUGGUGUCAAGUUCUGGGCCGAGAUGGAUGCCAAGAUUUUCUCCCUGCCAAAGGAAAAGCGUGUUCCCGAGUUGAAGAAGAACCGUGACUACAUCAUUAAGAAGCUCAAUGAUGAUUUCCAAAAGGUCUGGUUUGGUCGUAACAAGAAUGGCGAGACCGUGGAUCUCGAGGACAUGACCUACGGAGAAGUCGUUCGUCGAAUGGUGGACUUGAUGUAUGUUCAACACGAGUCUCGCUGGAUCGACAAGUCCUACGAAAAGCUCACGGGGGAUUUCAUUCGCCGUGUCGAGGAACGUUUCACUCUCGGUGGAGGAAAGCCUUCUUUACUUCAGAACUACUCCGAGCUGGACAACCCAUACCCAACUGUCAAGAGGAUUCUCGCAGCUUACCCAGAGUGUGAGACCCAAUUGAUCAACGCCCAGGACGUGCAGCACUUCCUGCUCCUCUGCCAACGCCGCGGCCAGAAGCCAACUACUUUCGUGCCAUCUCUCGAUGAGAACUUUGAGUUCUUUUUCAAGAAAGAUUCACUGUGGCAAUCCGAGGAUCUUGAAGCUGUCAUCGACCAAGACGUCGGCCGAACUUGUAUUCUGCAGGGUCCAACUGCCGUCAAGUAUUCGAAGAUCGUAGAUGAGCCCAUCAAACAGAUCUUAGACGGCAUCCACCAUGACCAUAUCAAGGGUCUCACACAAGAGAUCUAUGAUGGCGACGAAUCCAACAUUCCUGUCACUGAAUAUUUCGGCGGGAAGCUCAUUGAUGCUGAGCCAGAACUUGAUGUCGAGGGCCUCACGAUCUCACAAGAUGCCUCCAAAACAACGUACCGACUUUCAUCGGCACCAAGCGCCACCCUUCCAUCUCUCGACUCAUGGUUGACUCUUCUCGCUGGCAACAAGCGAUCAUGGCGUUACGCUCUGUUCGCUUCAGAGGUCUUUGUUCAAGGCAAGAAGUUCCAAACGAACCCAAUGAAGAGAAUCUUUGCUCCUGUCCGUGGCCUCUUUGUCGAGAUUACCAACCCUGACGAGCCUUCGAAGACUGUCAUCACAGUCAAGGAACAACCCAGACCAAACCACUACGUCGAGGUAAUCAAUGCUAAGCUUACUGGCAAGAAUGAGAUUUUGGUCAACAUGAUCAAGGAUACCACCGCUGUUGGCAAACCCGUUUCUCUGCCUCUCAAAUUCACAUACCAUCCCGAGGCGGGAUACGCACCAAUUCGUGAGGUCAUGGAGGGUCGCAACGAUCGUAUCAAGGAGUUCUACUGGCGUGCAUGGUUCGGUAACGAGACUCUUGACCUCGAUGCACCAGUCACGGGAACCUUCAACGGUGGAAAGGCCAAGAUCACCAGCGAGGCGAUCAAUGACUUUGUUCACGCUGUCGGUAACACCGGUGAGGCUUUCGUUGAUCGCCCCGGUAAGGAAGUUCUCGCUCCCAUGGACUUCGCCAUCGUCGUUGGCUGGAAGGCUAUUACUAAGCCAAUCUUCCCCAGAACCAUCGACGGUGACCUUCUUAAACUCGUGCAUCUCUCUAAUGGCUUCCGCAUGUUGCCUGGUGCCGAGCCUUUGAAGAAGAACGAUCAGGUGGAGACCACUGCUCGCAUUAAUGCUGUCAUUAACCAAGCUUCUGGCAAGAUGGUCGAAGUGUGCGGAACAAUUACCCGAGACGGACACCCAGUCAUGGAGGUUACCUCACAGUUCUUGUACCGCGGAGCAUACACCGACUUCGAGAACACCUUCCAACGUAAGACUGAGACGCCAAUGCAAAUCCACCUUGCCACCACCAAGGAUGUCGCGGUUCUCAGAUCCAAGGAAUGGUUCAGUCUUGAUGAGCCGGAUCAGGAACUCCUCGGCCAGACCUUGACCUUCCGUCUUCAGAGUCUGAUCAGAUUCAAGAACGAGUCCGUUUACAGCAGUGUUGAAACCAGAGGUCAAGUGCUGCUUGAGCUGCCAACAAAGGAGAUCAUUCAAGUUGCCAGUGUCGAGUACCAAGCUGGUGUCUCUCACGGUAACCCGGUUAUCGACUACCUGGAGAGACAUGGUUCUUCUAUUGAACAGCCAGUCAACUUCGAGAACGCUAUACCCCUCAGUGGCAAGACUCCACUUCUUCUCAGGGCUCCGGCAUCGAAUGAGACAUAUGCUCGUGUCUCCGGCGACUACAACCCUAUCCACGUUUCCCGGGUCUUCUCAAGCUAUGCAAGCCUGCCAGGAACUAUUACACACGGCAUGUACUCUAGCGCUGCUGUUCGCAGUCUGGUUGAAACCUGGGCUGCUGAAAACAACGUUGGUCGUGUUCGCAGUUUCCAUGCUUCUCUUACUGGCAUGGUCCUUCCUAAUGAUGACAUCGAGGUCAAGCUUCAGCACGUCGGUAUGGUUGCUGGUCGCAAGAUCAUCAAGGUCGAGGCGAGCAACAAGGAGACUGAGGACAAGGUCUUGUUGGGUGAGGCUGAGGUUGAGCAACCAGUUUCGGCAUACGUCUUCACAGGACAAGGUUCUCAAGAGCAGGGUAUGGGUAUGGAGCUUUAUGCCAGCAGCCCUGUGGCGAAGGAGGUAUGGGACAGAGCCGACAAACAUUUCUUGGACAACUAUGGUUUUGCAAUCACAAACAUUGUCAAGAACAACCCCAAGGAGCUUACCAUCUACUUUGGGGGACCUCGUGGUAAGGCGAUUCGCCAGAACUACAUGUCUAUGACAUUCGAGACUGUUGGCUCGGAUGGAUCCACCAAAUCCGAGAAGAUUUUCAAGGAGAUUGAUGAGAGCACCACCUCCUACACCUACCGAUCACCAACCGGUCUCUUGUCUGCUACUCAAUUCACUCAGCCUGCCUUGACUCUCAUGGAAAAGGCAAGUUUCGAAGACAUGCGCUCCAAGGGUCUCGUUCAGAGAGACAGUAGCUUCGCAGGUCAUUCUCUCGGAGAGUACUCUGCUCUUGCUGCUCUGGCUGAUGUCAUGCCCAUUGAGAGUUUGGUCUCCGUUGUCUUCUACAGAGGUCUUACCAUGCAAGUUGCUGUCGAGCGUGACGAGACUGGGCGUUCCAACUACUCCAUGUGUGCUGUCAACCCAAGCAGAAUUUCGAAGACCUUCAACGAGCAGGCUCUUCAAUACGUUGUUGAGAACAUUGCCGAAGAAACCGGAUGGCUUUUGGAGAUUGUCAACUACAACAUCGCCAACAUGCAAUACGUUUGUGCUGGUGAUCUACGUGCUCUCGACACUCUCACAGGUGUCACAAACUAUCUGAAGGCACAGAAGAUCGACAUUCAACAAUUGAUGCAAACCUUGUCUCUUGAGGAUGUCAAGGCUCACCUCGUGGAGAUCAUCCAAGGUUGUGCCAAGCAGACCGAGGAGAAGCCUAAGCCUCUCGAUCUUCAAAGAGGCUUCGCUACCAUCCCCCUCAAGGGUAUCGAUGUGCCUUUCCACUCGACAUUCUUGCGCUCAGGUGUCAAGCCUUUCAGAUCCUUCUUGCUCAAGAAGAUCAACAAGACCACAAUCGAUCCCAGCAAGUUGAUUGGAAAAUACAUUCCCAACGUCACUGCCCGACCAUUCGAGCUUACCAAGGAGUACUUCGAGGAUGUCUACAGACUGACAAACUCACCAAAGAUUGGUGCCAUCUUAGCCAACUGGGAGAAGUAUGAGGAGCCACACACAAACGGAGUGAAUGGCACGAGUGCCACUGCUGUAAACGGCGCAUAGUUGGUGGCUGAUGGAUGAAAAAUGGAUGACGUAGAUGUUCAGAUGGUACGGCGUUUGGGGACUUUGUAGAGAUGCAUGAUUUGUUUGCUUUGCGGUGGAUUCCAAGUAGCGUUUUCUAGUUUUGUAGAGGUUUAAUGGCGAGUACGCUUUAUAGUUCUAGCUGUAUAUUGAAAGAA